AUGGCGUCAUCCUUCGUCGCCAUUGCAGGCGCCACAGGUAUUCUUGGUCAGCAGGUUGCAAAGAAUUUGACACGCCGAGGGGUCCCAGUGAAAGCCCUUGUCCGUCCGCGGACAGACCACGCACGCACCCAGUCGCUUCAUGAUCGAAAAGUAUCCAUCGUGCCUGUCAAUUUCUCCGACGUCGCUGCUCUCACUCGCGAGCUUAACGGGGCAACCUGCGUUGUUUCCACACUCCAAGGCCUACGUGAUGUAAUCUACAAUGUGCAGACCAAUCUGCUUGACGCCGCCGUCGCCGCCAAAGUCCCUCGGUUCAUCCCAUCAGACUUCUCUCUCGACUUCACUAAAACAACUCCGGGUUCAAACCGCAAUCUGGAUCUGCGACGGGAGUUCCAUGCCCAACUCGAGCGCUCGGGCAUUGUCUGGACCAGCAUCCUAAAUGGCGGAUUCAUGGAUCUGCUGGGCGGUGACUCGCCGAUGAUCAAUCACAAGAAGGGGAAGGUCGUCUACGUCGGCAAGGCGACGCAGUCGCUAGAUCUAACCACUAUCCAAGAUACCGCGGCCUACACGGCUGCCGUGGCAGCGGAUCCCAAUCCCACUCCACGUUUCCUCCGCAUCGCGGGUGAUGUCGUCAGUGUUCAGGACAUUGCCGCCGCCCUGGAGGCAUUGGAGGGAAAGCAGUAUCAGCCGUCGUGGAUGGGGUCCGUGGGGUUCUUGGAGGUCAUGAUCCGAGUUCUCCGGGCGUUUGGCGGCGAAAACGACAUCUUUCCGUCCUGGCAGAGGAUGCAAUACAUGGCGAACAUGUUUUCGGGGGUGGCCAAACUAGAGCCGCUGGAUAACGAUAGAUACCCAGGUCUCCAGUGGACAAGGGUUGCUGAUUAUCUCCGGGAAGACAGAAUGCGGAGAUUAUCGAAGUAG